AUAGUUGUUAGGUGUGGUGAUAUCUUGGGAUAUCCUAAAGACAACCUAUCAUGUCAACUGAUCACAACAACAACAUCAACCACAUCAACAACAUCAACAACAUCACCUCAUUGGUGCUUGCAGCUAUAUUUCUACUUUAUCGAUUUUGAACACGAUUAAAUGAUUGAUUUGUGAAUUAAUGAAUGUUAUUGAUUUGCGGUUGUUGUCUCCUGUCACCAGGUUGCAUGCACUUGAAUGGCAGCAGUGAGGACUGGCUGGUGAGGAACUUUGGGUCUUUCUCAGUCAAGGCCACCAUGAAGGACCUCUCAUCCCUUAACAUGGUCUUCAGUGGGGUGAGCCAUCAAUCAUGAUACUAUACAACUCAAUAGUCACCUUGAUCUUUAAUAUUGAUCUUUAAUAUUUCUCAGGCAUGUGUUCCAGAGGCUGAAUUGGUAGCUUAGCUGAUAGAGCUGGACAACAUCAGGGAAAUUAAUUUUACACAGCAAUUAAUUUGACACAUACUAAAAAAAAUAAAAAAAUAAUAAUGUUUAUGCGCUAUCCCUGUACUAUGAGGAUGUGAUGUGCUGCUGUACUGUGACUGUACCGUACUAUACUAUGAUGUACUGUAUGUCAGUACGUUGCUGUGUACAAAUGCAUCAGCUCAUAACCUCUUAAUCCCCCCCCAACCCCCUACGCCCACCUCCUUCUCCACCUCUAGCUGGAGGUCCUCCACCUCCUGACGCCCGAGCAGAGGGCCGAGCUGCUCCUGCAGCCAGAAUUGGCUGGGCUGGAUAACGGCUCCCUCAGCCUGGUCUUCGACAGCCUGCUGGACCCUCUGAUGCCUCGGCCCCGCCCACCUACUGGGGCUCAUCCCACUCCUGCCCCCGUCGCCGCCUACACGAGCAACAUGACGGCUGGGCCGUACCACACCCAGCCCUACGACGCCCAGUUCUACCCCACCCCAGUUCCAAGCAGAGAGGUGGCGGACGGAGUCAUGUCUGUCUUGAGACCGGCUGCAAGUUUUGCCAGACAGUUGGUGACCUUCACAAAUCAGCACAACCUGACGACCACGACGAGUGCCACUCUAAUCCAGGCCAUGCUCAACUGGACCUUAGCAGAACUGGCCGCUCCCUACAAACAGAACAGCACUGUUCCAGAUGAGGUGACCUUUGACCCGCUGGACGUGAACGACUGGUUCCGGCAUGCCGUGGUUCCGGUUCUGAGACGCUACCUGCCCCAAGGCCAGACGGAGAUCCCACAGAACAUCACUGCAGUGUUCCACAGCCUGUUCCAUAUCCAGGCCGGUUUGGAGCCCGACUCUGAGGACACUGACGAAGGCCCUGAUGUCUGCAGUGUGACCAUUGAUGAGAAGUCUUGUGCUCUGACUGAUGCGGUGGAGGAGGUAGCCCGUGUCAUGCACUGUGCAGCGCAGGCCAACCUGAGUCUGACCGAGGAGACCCUGAUGAGGCUAGUGCUGGAGCUCUCCUCCAGCCUCAACUCACUCAUGCGCCAGCUCUCCCACACGAACUUCAGCUCCCCCGACUCUCCGUUCUUCGACAUCCUCGGCAAGAUCGUUGCAGGUCCUCUGACGCAGGAGAACCUUCGCGACGUCACCUUCAUCAGGCUGUGGUUCCAGAUCAAGCUGAGGCCCCUGCUGCCGACCCUGACCCCAGAGUUCAUGUCAUGCCUGAGCGCCAAAAGAUUCAGCUGUGAAACCUUCCAAGCCCUGUGCGUUUACGGUUUAUAA